AUGGCAGGUGCCUACCAACCUACAACGAUUCAGAGGCAAGAUAGCGAGGAGAAUGAAAGAACAGCGUUUUGUAACCCGUUUUACAGUCGAAGGCAUUCGGACCUUGAGCGUGGUCCGGAAUACGAAGGAGAGAACAAGGGCGAUAGCGAAGGAACGAAACACGAUCGAGGAAAUCAGGGGUAAUUAUUUCAGGCUGUUACCAUUAACCGGGUUUGAAAUUCACGUCUUAACUUGUUUUGAUCUCCAUCAAACACAUAUUAGCUUACCAGAAAUAAAUAUUGUGCUUUGUUGAAGAGCGUCACCUUGGACGCUUAUGGCCCAUCCAAAGUACAAAUUGAAUUAAGAGAUGUUGAAAGCAGCGAUUGAAUCUAUUUUAAUAAUUUUAGUUAACAGGAAGUAAAACCUGUUCUUGGCAAAUUAUGGAUGAUAAACCUUAUGCUGUUGCUUGUUUGAAUUUGAAGGCUGUUGACUCGAUGUGUUACCAGACAGACUAGCAAAACGGAAGACGGCAGUGCAUUACCAAGUCCAGCGGAAUCCGAACUUUUCCUCCCGGCUGUAGCAGAGAGUGAGACGAAUCCUAGCAAGCUGACCCGGGUAAAGACACUCAAAAAGUGCGUAUGAAAUUCACUGCUGAUAUUUUUAUUUGUAUCUGCUGAAUGUUCUUCGUAUUGUUCGAGGAACUGAGAUAUAGCAUGCAUUAACAUAUAUGGAACACUGUUCUUAUAUUUAGGCUCUUUCUCAUUUCCGGUUACAUGAUUUUGUGCCGAAAACAUUGCUAUUAUUGAUCAAACGAAAAGUUGUAUUCACAUUAACGAACAAGAUGUAUUCACAUUAACGAACAAGAUGUAUUCACAUUAACGAACAAGAUGUAUUCACAUUAACGAACAAGAUGUUAGAUUUGUUUAUAACUUAAACUAUUAUUUUCAAUGUAAUUUUGUCAUCAUCUUUGUUUUUGUUCGCGCUGUCAUGUUUUCGGCCUGUGUAUACUUUUGCCAUCCAAUAUCAACGCAUACAUUGAUUUAAGCUCGAGAAAACUAAUAUCUGUGGGAAUAUUGAACACAGCGAAAUUUAUAAGCUCCAAGUCAGUGUAUUUACUUGGUAAAAUGGCUUCCUCUGGCGGCUCUCGUGGUUCGAUUAGUUCGGGUGUCUUUUACACCCAACAGCACGUAAACUUCAAUGAUUUGGAUAAAGAAGAAUGUUAUCCAGAAUUUAUUCAGUAUUUCCAAGAGCCAGCGUCUGCAAGACCCAGUUUAGAUAGUAUAAGCAUUCCUAGAAUGUCAGCCAGGCCAAGUAUAGCGAGUAUAUCUAACACUCUCAAGCGGGGAAAGAGGUAGGAUUUUGCUUUUAGCAAAGAUUUGAGGUUCAGAUUUCAAUCAGUAAAAGGUUUUUUUGAACUGCUCCUAGUGUUUUGUUUUUUUUUUUUAUUAUGCGAGGAGAGUACGUGAUAAGAGCAUUCUUCAUCGGGUCUCAGGGGGUGCUAAAUAGUAGCUAAUUAUCAAAUGACAUUUUUCCGUGAACUCGGGCUAAUUGCUGCAGUAAUUGUUCUACGAUUACAGUCUACUAUUUGUAUAACAUGUUCAGCUAUGCAUAAAGUGAUGAUGAGAUGUUGAUCUUCUUUGGAGUAUGUGUUAAGGCUUUAGAGUUAUUUUGCAGCAUCUGAGAACUUUCUUAUGAUGUUCCUUUCAUUCUUCUCUGUUUAUUUCUGCUGUAUUAGUUAAUUACAUCAUUUCCCUCAUAAUAUAAAAUGCUUUAUUCAAUGAAAUUGAUUGUAAAAUUGAUAUAAUGCAAAUUAACAGUGGAAGUCAUUAGCAGUAAAUAUUGACAUGCUCAGCUAGCAGGAAUAUCUGUUGAGCUUGGCAGGUGUUGCGUAUGAACUUGGCUGAUUUUCCACAGCCUAACUUGCUGAUUUCUAAAUUGAAACAUUUAUUUUCUGGCCUUGUGUUGUGUUCUUGGGAAAUAUUAACACUCCAGAGUGCUUUGUAUUGAGGCUUGUGUCUAGUUUUCUUUGCUAGAAAACGUAAGAAGGUUUUCAUACGUGACUCAUGAUUCAGGCCAAAAAUAAUACAUGAUGAGAGAAUUUUACAGAAUGGCAAGCAAGUUUCAGGAAUUUAUGAACCAGUGCAAGGCGUGAUUUGUGUCCUGAAUUAUAUGUGACCGCUUAAUUUAUUCUGUCCUCUCAUGAAAACGUUAAGAUUUCUCUUAGACUUGGUGCACAAGAAGAUAGAUUUGAAGUCAGUUUUCUCUUUCAUAUUCAUAACAUGUAAAAUGCUGUUCUUGGUAUACGUGACAAGCAUAAAACAGGAUCAGGACCCUCCCUCUCUUCCCCUCCCUGGUUACCCCCUGUACUAAAGCAUGGUAAAGAAGAGGAGUUAGGGUACAGAAAAUGAAAGUUUGGACUGGAUGUACCCUGUGUGACUCUGUUUAAGACAUAAGCUAUAAUUUUCCUAUCCUGUUCAAGGAAAAAUAUUUUUAUAUAUUGUUGCAUAGUGAAAUAAUGGGAGUCACUUUCUGCUUAAUUAUACAAAAUAUUUAAAUAUAAAAUUAAAGAAAUUGUUGGUAUAGUAUAUGUAUAUAAUAUAAAGACCAUGAAUGACCAAGAUUCACUUCCUGUUCAAGUUUAUUGGUCUGGAGAGACACCCUGUUCAAGAAACUGGGUAGGUUGAUUGACAUACCCAGGUUAGGAUUCAAGACCUUGAAAACCAUACCUGUCCAGGCUAUUUCAAGAUGUUCAGCCCAUACCUCUUGAGCCAAAUAAUGCAGUGUACCCUAGUACCCCUCCUCCCCUUCACCUGUUAGUCCUGAGGUCCAUUUCUCAAAAGUCCACGUAACUAAACAGGCCCAAAGCCAUAUUUUGAAAUAAAGAUACAAAGAGUAAAGAAGCAGGUUGUGGCAACCUAACCAUUCUAUUCUGCUUCUUUAGCUAAUAGGUUUAUUGUGCAACUUUCAAUACUUUUAAAACCAUCAUCUUGAAUGAAAACAGAUCAGCUUUAUGGGCCUGUUUAGUUACCUGGACUUCAUAAAAAGAGCCCUUGCUCAAAAAUAUAGACCUGUAACUUGAUUCAUUAAUUACCUUGUUAUCACCUUUACCAUUCCAUUUACAGUGAUGGAAAAAAUUACAUUUGGUUUAUCUUAAUUACCUUCCACAGAAAAAUCAUUAAAGGUACUGAGGACUUUUUUGGCUUGGGAGAUUGUGACGAACAACAUGACCAACUACGAAGGAAGUGGACUCAGAGAAAAAUGCGGCACUACCAUAAACGGUAUGGUGCUCUUAAUGAGGAAUCAGGGGAUGCUGUGGAUGCUGUUCCUCGUCGGUCACUCAAAGUGCCCAGUGGUACAGGAAGCAUCAGUAGCUAUCAGAGUGCACUUCAACCUGAUCCUGAUCUUGUGCGAACAUUGAGUCGACGUGAGUCAGUGGCAACAAUGGCGUGGAAGAGGAUGAAGAAAAUGAAAGAGGAUACUGGGGUAAACUUCUUUUUUUUUAAUGCUUCUUUGCUUUGGUUUCAUUGUGAACUUUCGAACAUUUGAUAAAUAGAUUAGAUUAGAUGAUUAGAGCAGAGUAUAAGAAUAAAAAGGAGUGCAAAUACUCCUUAUCAUUUCAACAUCUUUUCUAGGUAAAAUAACAAUGUUGUUGAUGCAAACAUGAUGUAUAUCAGAUAUGACUUGAAAAACACUUUUGAUCCAUUGUGCAUCUAUGAGCUUAUUCAAGGAUAUUUAAACGCUAAAAAUUUACAACAUGACACAACUUUCUGUUAACAUGUAGGCAUUCUUUCAAGUAAAGAAAUUCUAUUCAAAUUAUGUUAAGAUAUACCACCGUCUAUGGUUUGAACCCAGGGCUAAUAUUUUAGUGUGUAUUUUUAUUAUGGGUGUAAGUGUAGUCCUCAGGAGGAAUGUUGUCAAUAGUGGUGACUGACAUUUUGACAAUCUGAGCAGAAGUCAUCAUUAGAUAUACUGUACUUGAAAAAAAUGUAAAACAAAUCCAUAUGAAAACAGAAAGAAUGGCAAUUUGUCAAUUAGAUCAAAACAAAUGAGUGAACAACAAUUAAGUUAAGUGCAGUUGUUAUUGUAUAUAUAGCAAGGUGUUAGUAAAUGUAUGAUAUGCUAACAGCUUAUGAUUGGAAGGAAUAGAACUGAGAAGUAUAACAACAUUAGAGAGAGUUUUAAGACCAAGGGUUGGUUUAUUAACUGAAGUUGAAGACAUUUUGGCUCUAAAAAAAUAAUAUUGCAUGGGUCAUUCACCUUGCUGUUAUCUAGUGUGAUAUCUUCAAAUUCAUAGGAGAAUCCAUUCCAAAAUUUUUCCUAACCAUUUAACUCCCAAGAUCUCAUCAGCAAUUCUCCUUACUGUCUACCAUACAGUUCUUGUGAUGUUAGUUUGGAGAAUUAGGAAUAGGAUCAACUAACAAUCCCCUAACUAAUAUUUGUCUUUAUUCUCAUUACUUGUUUGCUUGGUAUUGCAUUGAUAUUGUAAAGAGAAAUUGUGUCUUGGUCACUUAUGGGAGUUAAAGAGUUAAACAAUGGUGUAUUCUUGAAUCAAUCCUCCUUAAAACCAAACUUGAAGCUGUGUAGUCUUGGUUUGUGCUUUUAGGAAUGGAGUGAUAACUAAUGAGAUCCAAGUAUCGCCUCAGCCAAUGAUAAGUUUGGCCAACACAAAGCUGACUAUGCAGUGAGCAACUGACUGUUUUAUCGCUGUGUAUUUUUGUAGGCCAACAUGACAGAAGUGCAUUGGCUAAUUGUCAUUUGAGCAUGUCAGUUUGUUGAAUAACACUUAAGCAGUUUUUAGUUCUUUGGACUGGAUUUCUCCCCAUUCCAUCAGCUAAAGAUUAUUGAUGUAGGAUUUAUUUAUUCUUUGCAGAGCUUUAAAUCCCCCAGACGAAAAUCUCAACCAGUCAGCACAUUGCUUGAGGCUGGGCGGAGCUUCUCACCAGCUGUCAUGUCGCAGUCAGAAAUGGAUGAAGUUGACAGUGCAGUUCCUGUUACUGUGAGUCUAUACUCUCUGAAGAAAAUUUUAUACGUUGCUCGGUUCCAAAAGAAGAUAACUUGAUGAAUAUGUAAUAAUCCCCAGAGGAUGGGGUAUCCCUUUAGGAUACUGUAAGAUAAAGUGAGAUUUUUUUGUCACAUCACAAGUGUGAAUUCUGAGUCCCUAUGAAAAAUUGGGCCGCAUGCCUUCAGAUUUGGCACUCAAAUACUCUUCCACUGAGCCCUGGUGAGCUAGACCAUACUGUAAGAUAUUUUAAUGAGCCUCUAACCCCAGAGGGACUUUUUGAUUCCUAGAGUUUUCAGAAAGAGGGUUGACUUAGGACCAAGGAUUAUUAGGGCUUGAUUUAGACUUACUAAAACCAGAUAUACCACUCAUCGCCUUUCUCCUGAAACUUUGCACAGCCCUAUCCCAUAUCAUAUACAAUACACUUUUCAUUUUCAUUAAGUGAUAGAGUAGUGUUCUUUAUUUUUCUUUGUUAUUUAUUUACAUUUUCUUACCUUGAACGAGUGCUGCCCCAGACUGUAGUCCACAUUAACCUUUUACAUCAACUCUUCAACUCUCAGACCUCAAUAGUAGUUCUCCUUACUGUCUGCCAUACAAUUCUUAUCGUGUCAGUCUGGAGAAAUUUGUUGUGAAUCAGUAAAUCCCUAAUUGGUAUUUCUCUUUUUUCUUGUCACUUGUCUACUUGGUAUUGUAUGGAUGUUGGGAAGAGAAAUAUCAGUAUAACAGUCUGAAUCAUUUUGCCAUUCUCAUUGCAUUUGCUGAAUAGCAUUCAGUCUAAUAAUAUUGUUAGGAGAAGUUACAUGUUCAUCAACUCUGGGAAUUAAAGGUUUAUGUUUGUUGCACGUACAUGAUGACCAAGGGUUUUUAUAACAAAUGCCAUUAUUAGAAUUAAUAGUUUGCAUAAUUAAUCCUAGAGAUUUGAUCGCCCCUCCAUUGAUGACGAAGUGUUCUUUGACUUUUCGUCGGAGAGGCCAAGACAAAGAGUUGAAAGACCAGGAUUUUUACCAGAAAUUCAAGAGGAAGAGAGGCCUGCUGUUCCAGCAAAAGAAGCUAAAGAUGAAGUUGAAGGGCCUCCUAAGUGAGUUUUUUGAGGUCAAUGAUUACAAAAUAAAUGCCUAUGAGCUUUCAGUUCAAUUGUGGCUCAAUUCUUAAGAUUGACUUUUGUUCUCCAAAGGCCACCAGUUCGCAGCACUCGAGGACAAAGGAUUUCACAGCGACCCCGUGCUAUAAAUGCUAACCGUCGUCAAUAUGGGAAGGGAAUGGUUGGUAGAUGGUUAAACAGAACAAUAAAGCGUAAACGUUUGACAAGCACUGUUAAAAAGCAGAUUGAAAACCUGUCAGAUCACAGGUAGGAAAUGUUGCAUUUAUAGGAACAAAUUCGUGACAGAAUUGAAAUGGUAACUGGUUGAAAAAAGUUUUCCCAGCAGGUUACUACUGUUUAAAGUUAUUUGUAUCUCAGUAAUCUUCAUUGCCUUUGUACACACCAUGCUUACAACACAAAUUUGAAACUUCUCUGGUCUUUUUUGUUCAGCUUCCAAAUUUAAUUCUGCUGACUGUGCUUGGUGUGUAAUAAUUAGUGUGCUGUCCAGAAUUACCCAACCCCCAUCCCCACUCCCCAAAAGCUGGUGAUCCUUAGUAGCAUUUAACUAUGGUUGAUUGUAUUUAUUUUUCAUUUUAAGUUUAGAGGAAUCUGAAUAUUGGAAGAUUUUGACUUCAAAUAGCUCAUGAACCAAAUUUUCUUAAACAAGAUCGACUGCCCCACACCAUUCCUAACACUGCUCAAAAUAGGCUCUCAUAAAACAACAAGAAAGAGGCACAGAUUCAUGAAAGUUUUAGUGCAAAUUAGGCUUGUAGACAAAUUUUCAGUAAGUGAAAUCAUUGUGGGUAAGAGCUAUCAUACACCCAGAUGAGAAUGCACUUUAGCCAGCUGAUUUGUGUUUAAAUAAAGAUAAUAUCAUUGCUUUAGGUAGAAGCAGGCUUAGUGAAGGCUCCUUCUCAGUGCUCUAGACAGCAUAUCUAUAACCUCAGCUGGCAUUUCAACCAUACAUUGUAAUUUUAUCUCCUCCAGGCCUUAUUUCACCUAUUGGAUCUCAUUUGUACAAGUGAUUGUACUUAUUGUUGGGUUAUCAGUUUAUGGAUUUGCUCCCAUUGGAUUUACAGAGACAGAAGAAAAAAGACUGGUCAGUUUGUUUAAAAAUGUGUUUUUUCAUGGAACAGUUUUGAUAGAUGAAUAUUUUGUGGUGAUAAAUUUCUCUUGGUUUUCACUUGUUUAGUUGUCUUCAUGCUUAGUUUGGUAAGGAUUGUGAGAAAAAGGAAAAUUAAAUAUCAAACUGGUCUCAAAACUUCCACAACCUGAAAAAAGUUUGAACCACUAAAUAUGGUAUGCAGGAAUAACAGAUGGUAAUGAGCAAUAUUUUCUGCUAGAACUGGCGCAAUACCCCCAAUAUGUUCCCAAAUGCACUCAGAACAGAGUAAUGAAUCAUGUAUUAUUUUAAAAAUCAUCCUCCUUCAGUGCCUGUGUAAUUGGUAAGACGUUGAAUAUUUAUCACAGAUCGACAGAAGUCAGAUGGGAACGCUUGUACCAGAAUAUGUGGCAAGAAUUAUUCCUGACAACUUCUGGAUUGGUCCUGAUCAGGUAUAAAUAUUAUCUGAGUCAUUAUGAGAUCUCAUCCUUCUAUAGGUAGCUUCAAUUUUUUUUAUAGUUUUGUCAAGUAGAAAUAAAAAAUUUUGAACAUUUCCCCCUUCUUUUUAAAUUUCGCUUUUGCCUCAUUUCCAGCUUUACACUCUUACAUUAGUGUACAUAUUCUCCAUACUGUUCUCUGUACAUUUCCGAAGGUGCUGACAAGGAGAAUUUGUUGAAAAAUCUUGAGCCUCAAUAGUUGGUGAUCAUUUCCCUUAUUCUUGUGACUUCUGGGGUGAUAUUGUGAUGAGAAAGUAGAUGUUAAUCACUUGUAAGGGUCAAAGGGUGAGGUGAUGCAACCAAACAACUGCAGCUGUGGCAGUGAAAAAUGAUUAUGUUUUAGCUCAGUAAAGAACUAUAGAGAGAGGUUUUUCAUCUUAUCACAAGCAUGGGACAAAAAAAAAGAUUCUGAGUCCUCAUGAGGAAUUGAACCCCAGCAGACCUUCAGAUGCUCUCCACUGAGCUACAGACGCUCGGUGGUGAAGGAGGCCCACUACGAAAUUCAUAUAUGACAUGCAAAAAGUUCAUAAAUGGCAUUGGAAGAUAAUUUAUUUACAAUACUUUGUACUAUACAGUCUACUUAAGGCUUGGUGUUUAGUUAUGUCAUUCCAUUAUCCUUUUUUUCUUUCUACAUUUUCAUCCUCUUUAUUGUUUCUUUGGAUGCUAAGAUAGAUCAAAAUAAACUAGUGCAAAAAAAUUCACACUAUUAAUCAGUAAAGUCUUCAUGAAUGUCUUCAUUUAUUAUAUUUUAUACAGUACUGCAAAGAUUUUGCCUUGUAAAUAGUUGUCAUUAAAUGUUGUUUAACAGGCAGGUUUGAUCAAAAUGGGAGCAAAGUUUGCGCCAUGUAUGCGAUGGGAUAAGAGGCUGCAAGAAAAGUUGUCAGAGGAGAAAAGAAAUGAGAGUGAGGCCGGUUGUUGUGUGAAAUCUGAUGAUUCUGGUUGUAUAACAACAUCGCAGAAAGAGUGUUCGGUAAGUUAUGUCUCCCUUAACCCUUCAACUCCUAGAUCAAAUUUGUAGUUCUCCCUACCAUCAACCAUACAAUUCUUAUAAUGUUAGUUCAGAGAAUUUAGUAUUGAAUCAACUAAUUAUCCCCAAAUUGAUAUUUUUUUUGUUCUCAUCACUUAUCUGGUUGAUAUUUUAUUGAUAUUUUAGGGAGAAAUUCUGUCUUGGUCACCCAUGGUAGUAAAGGGGUUAAAGUCUGCAUGAAAGACCAACUUGCAAACAUAGCUACUGGAGCUUCUCUUGUUUCUGUAGUAUGAAUUAAUUAGCACUUUAUGUGAAAAGCUGAAUUGUUCAUACAUUUAGAUUGGUUCUUACUUGUGAUCUAUGAUGAUGUUACUAUUAGCAACAUUUUGCUCUUCUAUGAUAUAAAAGAAAUAGAUUCCAUGUUGCUGUGUUUCUGUACAGUAAUAAAUCACGGGAGAUGUCAAAAUGUGGUGAGAACAUCAGUGAUACUCACUGCUGUGUGUUGUGUGCCAUGUUUAUGUACACACCACAUUUUGAUGUCAUUUGUGAUGUAUUACUGAACAAACAAACAGCAACAUGAAAUUUAUUUUUCAAACUGCCACCAUCCCUGAAUUGGAUGGCAAUCUAUCACACAUUCCCUGAAAGCCUUUUGUUAGGUUCCCAUUUAAGUUUGCCAGCAUCCAUUUACGCUCCUCCUUCAGAGGUGGAUUCUGGAACUCUUGUAGUGCAUGUGUAAUGGUCUCUUUCGCUCCUCUUAAAUAUUUCUCUUUCGUUUGACUUUUUCCCUCAGAGAACCUUUGCCUAUUUUUACAAGUAUUCCAAAUCCAAUAACAAUACAAGAGUUGUUUGUGGACAAGACCCGGAGUGAGUAUCUGAAGCCUAAAAUUAUUUUGUACGUGUAACUACUGCGGGAAUAAGGGCCCAGCCCAGUUGUCUCGCCUUGGCAGUUAGGGUAACCUUGUCAGGCGGGACAACUUUUUUCUCAUUUAAACACUUUGGCUCGCCCACACGAGCCUACUCGGAGCCAGUCUGUUUCAGGUCAGCGGAGAGACUGGUGAGGGGGGGACAGCUGUUAGAACUCACAACUCAUUAUGAACACUCCGUAAAGUUCAGAGGAAGGGUUGUCUCCAAGUAAAUGAGAACAUGUCGAUAGGGCCAAGUGUCGAUAAAGAGUUUUCUGUUAAUUGUUUGGCUUGUUAUUGUUUUACAGCACGUGUCUAGAUCCUCCGUCCGUUGUUCCUGAUGAAUGGGAUAAAGAUAUCACCAAUUGGCCCGUAAGUACUGGCCCUAUGUAUUAACUUGUGUAUUUCAACUAGAAAUUUUCAUGGCUGCAAAUUUUAAAAUGUUACAAAUUUUCAAGUUUUGCUUGGAAAAUGUAAUUUCAAGGACUAAAUUGCUCACUUUUGACCUUAGCAAAGAAAAACUUGUUGGAAUUUUAAUUUUUCUUAAACCUUCCUCAACUUCCCUUGUAAGAGUCCUUGCCAAGUCAUCCACACAAGCAAAUUUUGUCCCUUACAAGUUUUGUCCCCUCGUUUUUUAAACGGCGGAGGGGAAAGGUGGGUUACCUGAGGCAGACUUGCAUCUCAACCUGGGGUGCGCCUGGGCAUGAUGUUCCAUCUGGCUCGUGAGCCGGUUUCUUUCUUUUAGUUUUAGUGUUAAACCAACAGUCUUCCAUAAAGCGACUAUUUAUUCUACAACAGGUUUGUAAGAAAGAAAAGUCUAAUCUGUCACCCGGCGAAUACCCACAUAUGACGUGUGAAAUCCAUGGUCGCCCUUGUUGUAUGGGCAACGAAGCCAUCUGUCGAAUUGUCAGCCGGGACGAGUGUGACUUUUUCCGGGGCAGAUUUCACGAGAAUCUUACGCUUUGUUCCCAGGUAACUGAUGGUAAAGGCGUGCUUGAAAAAGAAUCUGGUAAACACAAACGUAUGGAGGAAUAGGCCUCGUUACUCAAGAGUAUAUUGUCCGAGUUUUUACAGAACUGAAUUUUCGUGUUACUUGACGCGAACCUAAAGCCCAUUCAGCAUAGACGUAGGCACGAAAAUCGAUCCUGUGGAGCGCUUUCGAUGGAUGACUCUAGCAUCAGAGUAAAAGUAUCGACAACGGCCAGUCUGAAAGAAAUAUCCUAAUUAGAACUCGAAGUGAUUUCAAUUCAUCGGCCUGAAGUGCGAGAGAUCAUGAGUUAAAAAUUUUCCAAGGAAUUAAGUUUUGCAACUGAACCUGCUAUUCGUUACAGAGCGUGGUGAAACAAAACCAAAGCAGUGUAGGUGUAUUAUUGAGACAAGAUUCAAAAUGAGAAAGUGAGAUCCACGAGCUCUGUAAACUAUUAUUAUUCGCAGUUUUCCGGGCAACUGAACUCCUAAUGUGUUAAAAGUUGUAGACAUUUGUCCUUGCACUUUAUCAUAACAAGUUUUUUUUUCCCAGGUGGACUGUUUGAGGGACACUUGUGGAAUGUUGAAUUUCCAUCGGAAGGAAACACCUGACCAAGUGUAUCGCCUAUGGAUGGCAAUAUUUGCUCAUGCAGGGUAAGCUAAUCACAUUAAAUGUAACGGUUCUCUGUUAUUAUCUUAUGAAACCUCUCUUAUCGAGCGCCUCUAUAGUGGGAACGUCUUCUCUCACUGGUAACCCUGCCUCUACUGAAGCACUAGCCGGAGCUUAGCAUGCAACGACUCGGAGUAUAACUAAUGGGUUGCCAUUACAUUCCGGUUUACUUUCUCCUCCUCCCUCCCCCCCUCCCCCCUCCCCCCCCCCUUCCUCGGCAUUCCAUCAGCCUUCUCUGACAGUUCACUGGUACCCAUUUAUACAACUGGGUGUAGAAUCUUCUGGAUUGUAAAUUUCCGUGAGACGUAUAGUGAGUCAUUCUGAUUGAUCAUCGAAGCCAUCUCGUAGCCACUAGCUACAUUUCUCAUCCAUCUUCAGCCCCCCACCCUUAUUUGCCACAUUACUCUACCCCCCCCCCAAACCUCGAGUUUUUGUCCUCUAAAGAUAAUCACAGGUUUCGCACCUCGUUUAAGUGCGUGUCAAUCCGGUUUUGCCGCCCAUCAAUUAUGAAACGCUAUAUCGAAGCUCCCUGGCAAGUCUCAUGACGAAGAACUCCUUUGAAAUUCGCGUGGGGUGAUCCAUCGGAGGAAGAGUGAUCCAUCUUGCGUGAAGACUCUUAUUUCUCGGCGUUUUGCGAAAUGUGCGAGAAAUUCCCUUUUGUUGUGCAAUGCAAGACGCGAUGUUAACAAAAUGCGACGAAAGCCCGCGUUAAACGUCAUCACUCUGUUGGAGGCCGGUACUCUUCAGUGCAAGUUCCCAUAAAACAUUUUUUCAGCCGUAUCUCGCUCUUGUUUUUUAAGUUUUUUAAAUUAAUUUAUUAUUUUCUUUUUCUGGCUAAUUAGACAUAACUGCUUCCUCUAACCAAAGAGAAAAUUUUGACCAGAUAUUGUUAACAGUAACCUUAAGCUCCGUAAUUUCUGCAAAUUAAUUUAUUAAUAAUCGCAAUGAACUCGAUCAUUUGUUGCAGGUUGAUCCAUCUUGCGUGCACCCUAGUCUUUCACAUCACUAUAAUGCGCGAUAUGGAAAAAAUGGCAGGCUGGCUCCGCUUGUCAAUCAUUUAUAUCUUUAGCGGUAUAGGUGGAUAUUUGUACAGUGCAAUUCUUUUACCAUAUCAAGCUGAGGUAAUUGACUUUUGUUGUUGUUAUGAAUUUUAUCAGCACUUUACGGGUAACUUUUUUCUCAAUUUCAAUUGUAAACCGCUCCAGGCUCUUACUCGAUCAGACGGGUCUAGCGAACGAGCUGGAAAAUGAAACGCAGCGUUAACACUCGCGAAUAUUUACAGUCACUGUUAAGAGUUACCUGUCUGCCUAUUGUCCGUUUGAUUAUCUGUCUGUGUUGUUUCCUAAUAGUAUUUCCCCAGUACUUAAAAGAAAUAAAUACGAGUGAAACCAUUCCGUCCUUCCUUUUUUCCGUAGUCCGUCUACCAAUCUGUCUGCGUUUUAAUCAUUCCGCUGACCUCUUUAUUCAUCUUUCCCUGCAAGUUUCUUUUUCUGUUCAUGUUCAUAUCCAGUUAUUCUUCAAAUUAUUUUUUAUUUCAUCUGCAGGUUGGCCCAUCAGGCUCCAUCUUUGGAAUCAUCGCCUGUCUGUUUGUUGAGCUUUUACAGAGCUGGCAGAUCAUAGCGCGGCCUUUCACAGCUCUCUUUAAACUGUGUGGACUAGUUUUGCUUCUCUUAAUAAUAGGCCUACUGCCUUACGUCGACAACUUCGCCCACAUGAUUGGUUUCUUGUUUGGGCUUCUGCUGGCUUUUAUCUUCCUUCCGUAUGUGUCGUUCGGCCAGUUUGACCGAAGGCGAAAGCGGAUCCAGAUAAUCGUGAGUUUAGUAUUGGUCAUUACGUUGUUCGUGGUAGGAUUUUUGGUGUUUUACAUCAAUCAGGAUUCCGGUUGCAAUGGCUGUGAGUACUUGAACUGCAUUCCCUUCACCAGAGAUUUCUGCAAGCUAGGAGGACAGAAUCUACAGCCAAGAGUACGGUAGAGAGAUGUGGAAUAACAGUUCGGAAAGUGUAUCGCUAGUUACACGAAGCUGUUGCUAUUGGAGCAACUCUCUCUACUAGCAAAAAUUGUUGCGUGGAAAGUAAGCUCUACAAAUGUGCUGUUCAAACGGUGCUGAGAGAUAACAUACUGAAUUGUGUGUUCUCUAACUUGUGCGUGAAUGUAACGAAGAAGGCUUGUUCCUUACGUUCUCAUGGCAGAGAAUUUGCGGUGUACAUGCUUUUUGGAUUUUUGCCUCUCAGAUGUAGCUAUCUUAGUUAAUAUUAAUGCGAGAGAGUACCUUUUGGUUUUUUAGAACGUUAACUCUAAGAGAAAUUUUCAAUUGCUUUGGUUUUGCUUUACUUCGCUGUGUGAUUUGCGCAGAAAUCUCGCUCCACUUUCUCAACCAAUCAGAUUCAAAACUAGAACCAAUCGCAAGUUAUGGUCAACCGCGUUUUCCCGCGCUUCAACCUGUUUGCGCUACUUUGAGUCUCAUUGACUGCUCGUGAUAUUUUCCUUUGUUGUGAUUGGUAGUUUUGUUUCCUUUUUUUUGGUUUUAGGACACUCAAUAGGCCAUUUUACAGUUGUGUACUUAGUUGCCAAGCCUUUGCUUUGGAGUGAGGCUGAAGGUGACCUCGUUGUGCUAGACACCAGUAUCAAGUUCGCAUGAUAACAGAGUAAUUUGCAUUUGAAAAGCAGCAAAGUGUGUAUCAUAACAACUCACUCCUGUUCAAAGGCUUGGCAACCAAGCACACAACUGUGAAAUGGACUAUUGAAAUGCGCUCCUCUACUCACGACUAAGAGUUAAGGGUACUUGUUUUCAUUUGUCGCUGCCUCCAGUCAGACACAUCAAUUUAAGCACGAACUUUCUUUCUCUUCGAUAGUCAAUCUUUUUUAUAAAUCAAAAUUCGUUCAGAAUAAAACGUAACGUUGACGGAGUGACUCAACUAGCUUAGCAGUUCUAGGAAGUAUAGGUAUUAUUGUAAAUUGACCGCCGGAUCUGGCAGGCCAGUUCUGACUGAUGAUAAGAAAUUAGUAUAAAGUUCGCGGAAGUGUGGACAAUUUAGAUGGUCGUGAAAUUAAUUCGGCUCACUUACAUUACUCUAUUGGUUUAUUGUUAUCAAUCGUUGCUUAAAACUUCGCGAUAAAUUUUAAGUUAUUCAGACAAAUCAGCUAUCCCAAUACGAAAAAAAAAACGACAACAACAGCAAUAAACAUUCUUUUCGUUAGGAUUUUGUGGGUGGCUAGGGUAGACUGGAAAAGUUUCUAGAAGCUAAGAAUACUUAAUUAUGUUUCAAAGUCUCAAUGAGCCGCUUGUUUAUCCAGCAAUGCAAUUGUAAUUUGAAAUUUGACAAAUGCGCUUCAAACAAUUUUUACUUAGAUUAUGACAGUCACUGGUGCCUAAUACUCACUAGAACGCCUGUUGAUUAAAUCUCACUCAUAAAAAGUCGUCUCAAAUAUAUGAUCUGAUUAUUUAAACAAAGUUUUGCUGUCCUUAACAAUCCUCAAUUUAGCUGAACCUUUCAUGUGAACAUUUAUUAUUGUUAGCAGCGUCAAGAAGGCCGAGAGCUAACAUUUAUUUCAUGCAUACUGAACGAACGAGAGUGAAAAUACAUUGGUCGUCCAAUUUGAGACACGAACGAUAGAACUUCACAGUAUAGGGCAACAAAAUGGCUUCCAAUCUUUGAAAUGUGUCGGUUAAUAGGAAAAAAUAUCUGUAUGGAUGAAAUAAAAACAUCAUACUAUGGAAAGUGCUUGAACGAUUUUUAUUCAUUCGUUGCAAUGUAUCACAACUCGUUCGUGCGCACUUUUCAUUGAAUAAUCUCUGUUUAUGUAAUUAAAUCAACCCUCUUAUAGACAAAGUCUGAGGCCCACUGAUUGUGUAAAAACCGUGGUCUGAGUUAAACCUCGAAUAAAUAACCGGCCCAUAAUGUCGGUGACCUGGGAGUG